AUUAGGUAGGUAGGUAGGUAGGUAAAGUAGGCAAACAGGUGGUGUCUAAGUUGGCGUAAAGGACAUGGGGGAUUCGGCCACGUGUUGCUCUUGUGCGACGACAACCUUCGCUCUUAUACCGGGAUCAUCCUCGGUAGCCGUGCCGGGCCUCCUUGCGUCAGAGUUGGAUAAGUACUCUAUUCUUGAACCAUGGAUGGCAUGCGGCUCCAACGUGUUCGUCUAUCUAGGUACAUAUGUAGUAGGUAACGGUCGGUUGAUUCGGGCUCGGUCUGGUGUCGCUGGGUUGCAUCGUGAGGUGUAUAUUAGGUGCAUAUGUAUGUGUGUGUAUAUGUAUAUAUGUAUGUCUGCCUCAAAGUAUCUGCUACAAAGUCCAGAUGGCAGCUCCCUAGGGGAUGUACCCUACCGACCUGCGACUUUUAUUCUAUUCGGUGCAUAGUGAGGUGUUGGCUGAUUGGCCAUUCGUCGCCAAUAGGAGAGAUGAUACGGUGUCUAGGGCCGCUAUUGGAGCGCAUUUAUUACUCAGAUGUCACCGAGGCUUAAAGGCGCAUAGCUAUGUUACGAGCAUGUCUAAGGGAGGCCUCAUGGAGCAGGUAAGUUCACGAAUGCUUAUUAGGAAGUCAAUGUACAUGAAAUAGAGCCGCAUGUUUGUAUAUAGCACUUAUUGAAGUACUCCCCGAGAGGCAGGUAUCAUCUAAGCCGCUUAGG